AUUAAAUUAAAAUCAUCAUUAUCAUUAAAUUUUCUGUCUAUUGAAAUGUAACUAAACAUCACUACAAACAUCAAUAACAACAAAAUGUCAAAACUUUUAGUCAACUUAUUUAUGUUGAAGACCCGGCUUAUUGUCAACACAUAUACGGUGACAACACUGCCCCUGUAUUACGCCAUACAGAAGCCGUGGCGCACACUGAAAGAGGCCAAUCAGGUGAAGACGAAAAAGUUUGUCACCAAAAAUGGAGAGUUGGUUUGGGAGCGCAACCAUCCCAGUCCUGAACACGAGUUUCUUAAGUAUAGUUCCUAUGCCGAAGUACUCAAACAUAUGCCCGACCAGUACUCCGACGACCGUAUUGUCUUAGGAAAGAGAGAUGUUAUCAAAGAGACAGUUGAAAUGGAUGAAAAUGGUAAUAUUGUCAAAGUUGAUGGCAAAGUGUUACGAAAGUUUGUUUUGAGUGAUAGUUAUAAGUGGAUGACAUUGAAAGAGAUGAUGCAAAGGGUGGACAAUAUAGCCAAAGGUUUAGUCAAAUUUGGUGUCAAAAAAGGUGAUAAAGUGGUCAUUUGGGCCGACACUCGGCUCGAGUGGUCGCUAUGCAGUCUGGCGAUCAUGAAAAUCAAUGCCACAUUAACCACACUUUUCUCAAAUCUGGGAACUCCUGGUCUAAUCUAUGGUAUCAAUCAAACAGAGGCCACAACGAUAAUCACAACAAUUGAUUUAUUACCCAAAUUGAAAAGUUUUUUAAAAGAUGUGCCUAAUGUCAAGUCAAUCAUUUAUAUCAAAAAUCCAAAAGAUGUUUUUAAUGAAGAAUUUCCUGAAGACAUUGCUAUCAAAUCUGUCGAACAAUUGGAAGAAUUGGGAGCAGAGAAUAAAAAUGUCAUUUCAUUUGAUUUACCAAAAAAUCCCGACGAAAUUGCGGUCAUAAUGUACACAUCGGGAACCACUGGCAAUCCGAAAGCGGUUUGCAUAUCACAUCGACAAUUGAUGGCCAGUUUGAAAGCAUUGGUGAGCAAUACCACAGAACAGAUGGCUCGCGAUGCCGAUCGACACGUCUACAUGUCGUACCUGCCAUUAGCACAUAUAUUAGGAUUUACUUUUGAAAUGUUUUUACUAUUCGGUGGAGUGAGAAUAGGAUACAGUUCCCCGUUUACGUUAACUGACUCAUCUCCCGGUCACGUUAGUGGCCAAGUGGGAGACGCCCGGCUUCUUAAGCCGUCAUCCAUGACAGCCGUACCAUUAGUUUUAGACAGAAUCUACAAAGAAAUUUAUGACAAAUUAAAUGCCAGAACACCGAUAUCGGCGCCGCUCUUCACAUAUCUAAUGGAAUAUAAGAUCCGAUGGAAGACUAGAGGUUAUGACACACCGAUUAUCAAUAGAUUGUUCUGUAAAAAGGUCAGCGAAGCGGUUGGCGGACAACUCGAGUAUAUUAUGGUCGGCGGCGCCGCUCUAAACCCGAGAACUCAGUCCAUACUGAAGGCUGCUUUCAAUAUGAAACAAGUAGUACAAGGUUAUGGCGCCACAGAAACAUGUGGUGGUGUAAUGGGAAUGUAUAUCGACGAUCUGACCUACAAUAGGAUAGGCAUACCGUUUGAAGGGGCAAAAAUCAAAUUAGUCGAUUGGAAAGAAGGCGGUUAUCUGACUGGUGAUCAACCGAAUCCAAGAGGAGAAAUUGUUGUCGGCAGUGAUAUCGUAGCACUGGGCUAUUACAAAGCACCGGAGCUGACAGCCGAGGCAUUUGUUACCGAUAGCGAUGGUGUCCGCUGGUUCUAUACGGGAGACAUCGCUGAAGUGUUUCCCAACGGUUCCUUUCAGAUCAUCGACAGAAAGAAAGAUUUGGCAAAACUAUCGAAUGGAGAGUUUAUAUCGUUGGGAAAGAUUGAAGCAUUACUCAAGUCAUGCAGUUUAGUGGAGAAUGUCUGUGCGGUGGCCAACAGUGACCGCAAUUGUGUCAUAGCAUUAGUCACACCUAACCAGAAGGCACUCAUCAAUUUAGGUAAACAACUGGACAAACCCAGAACUUAUACCAGGGAUCAGCUGUGCAACGAUUCUGACGUUUGUGAUAAAACACUUGAAAGUAUCCAAACAACUGCUCAACUCAGUGGUCUGAAGCGCAUCGAAACGCCCAUCAAAGUCAAGUUGUGUCCCGAAGAGUGGACUGUCGAUAAUAAUCUCAUAACUGCUGCCUUCAAACUCAAGAGGAAUGUUGUUAUGACAUACUAUAAGAAAGAAAUUAAUGAAAUGUUUGAUUCGCUUAAAUGA